AUGGCCAGAUGGGAGAAUUUUGCAAGUUUUGCCAUAUCUCAACAAAAUAACUAUUACUGCUGCUGGAAAAGACUAAUUGCUUUGAACCCACAGCUCUCUUAUCCUCUUUCCUGCUACAGCUACAGCUGUACAGUGAAGGGGAAUGGACCCAGCCUUUAUCCUGCACCCAAGAUUCCUGAACACCCAGCUGGAAAUUCACUUAUGCCUCAGGAGACCACAGCUGCAUCUGAACACCAAGAUGAGGGUCCACUAGAAGAUUCACAUCUUCAUUUGAAUAUUGAAGAAUUAAACAAGGAGUUUAUGUUGAGAAGUGAAGAACUCUAUGACUCCCUCAUGAAUUGUCACUGGCAGCCUCUGGACACAGUCCACUCGGACAUCCCAAAUGAGACCCCAAAGUGAAGCAAGGUGUUCAGUAUCUAUCCAGAUUAACUGCAUUUGUUUUUGUUUUUGUAGAAAAAAAAAC